AUGUCCGGCAGAGGGAAAGGAGGCAAGGGCUUGGGAAAGGGCAGAGCAAAGCAUCACAGGAAGGUUCUGCGAGAUAACAUCCAGGGCAUUACGAAGCCUGCGAUUCGCCAUCUCUCUAGAAGAGGUGGCGUCAAAAGAAUCAGUGGUCUAAUUUAUGAGGAGACCCGUGGCGUCCUCAAGAUCUUCCUCGGGAACAUGAUUCGCGACGCCGUGACUUACACCGAGCACACGAGGAGGAAGAUGGUGAUGGCAAUAAACGUUGUUUACACGCUCAGGAGGCAAGGCAAGACUCUUUAG